UCAAUAAUUCUUAAAAUUCACGACUUGGGUUAGUUUCCAAUGAUGUUGAAAAUAAUACUCCUGUUUGCGGCGUUCCUAGCUGCUCUUGCUGUUCUUGUCCACUCCCAAGAUGAUCAAUCAGGCUUCGUAAGCAUCGACUGUGGACUCCCGGAAGGCUCCAAUUACACUGAUCCGAUUACCGGAAUACGUUACGUCUCCGACGCCGGCUUCGCCGACUCCGGCACCGUCAACAACAUAUCCUCCUCGUACGUCACCGGCGAUCUCAUUCGCCAGUUCCUCACCGUCAGAAGCUUCCCGGAAGGACCAAGAAACUGCUACACCGUUCGACCUCCCAAGUCGAAAUUCCGAACCAAAUACUUAAUCAGGGCGAGGUUCUUGUACGGAAACUACGACGGCCAAAACCAGGUUCCGACGUUUGACCUCCACCUCGGAGCUGAUCGCUGGAAAACCAUCACUCUGGAAGAUGCAUCAACCCCGCACUCCACGGAGAUGAUACAUGUGAUGUCGUCGGAUUUUCUGCACGUCUGUCUUGUUAACACCGGCGCCGGAACGCCGUUCAUUUCUGCGCUGGAGCUCAGGCUGCUCAACGAGGAUGGGCUUUUCGCUAUGUACCCGACGGUGAACGGAUCGCUGCAACUUUACGGCCGCAUUGAUCUUGGCUCCACAUCCAAUCAAUUUAUUAGGUAUAAAGACGACAGAUGGGAUCGGAUAUGGAAGCCAUUUACCUUUGACGGAAUGAGGAUACUAAACAAUACCUCUGCAAAAAUCAAAUACGACGGAUUUGAUCCCUACAUAGUACCGGAGAAAGUGAUGAAGACGGCGGGGGAGAUAGUAGAAAGCAACAGCAGUCUGCCGGCGUUCUUCUGGAAACCAGACAACUUCGACGAUGAGUUUUACAUGUACAUGCACUUUGCAGAACUUCAACAGCUGCCCAAAAACCAGAUCCGACAAUUCAACAUAUAUCUCAACGAUAAUCUCUGGUUCGGGAAUUACAGUCCCAGGUAUCUACGACCCGGCACUGUUUUCAGCGACAAACCUGAGAAUCAAUCCUUCAGGUACAACGUUGUUUUGAACAGAACCGGGAAUUCUACUCUUCCGCCGAUCAUCAACGCAGUUGAGGUGUACAAAGUCACAUAUAUUUUGCUCAAUCAAACAGCUGACCAAGAUGUGACGGCUAUAAGGUACAUCAAAUCGAUCUAUGGAGUGACGAAAAACUGGCAAGGAGAUCCAUGUUAUCCCCAAGAAUACUCAUGGAUCGGUCUCAACUGCAGCUAUGAUGGCAACAAUUCUCCCAGGAUAAUAUCCUUGAACCUGGCCUCGAGUGGGUUGACAGGGGAGAUAUCUCCCUAUUUAUCCAGUCUUUCCUCGUUACAACUUCUGGAUUUGUCGAACAAUGAUUUGACAGGGAAGAUACCUGGUUUUCUUGCACAGUUACCCUCCCUGAGAGUGCUAAACUUGAAGGGGAACAAUUUCACCGGUCCGAUCCCGCCGGAACUCAUAGCCAAGGCCAAAACCGGUUCACUGUUGUUGAGCUUUGAUCAAAGUGACGGCAAAGACGAUAUAAGUGUUUGUCAGUCCGGUCCAUGCAAUAAUAAUAAUAAUAAUAAUAAUGGCGACGGCAAAGAGAAGAAGAAACACAAUAAGUUCGUUGUUCCUGUGGCUGCAUCAGUUUCUUUUGUUCUGCUUGUACUAAUAUCAACCUUGUUCAUCAUGAGAAGAGGAAGCAAGCAAAAAGGACACAGGAAGGUUGGGAAUGGAAGUGUGACAGUUCCGGCAAGUAGUGAGGCGGCGGCUGUGAAGAUAGAAUUGAGAAACCGGCAGUUUACAUAUUCUGAAAUCCUCCGAAUGACAAAUAAUUUCGAGACAGUCAUUGGGAAAGGAGGGUUUGGAACGGUUUACCUCGGUUUCACAGAAGAUCGUCGAGUGGCUGUUAAAAUGUUAUCUCCAUCUUCUGUUCAGGGUUACAAAGAAUUCCAGGCUGAGGCCAGUCUUCUAAUGAAUGUUCAUCACAAAAACCUCACCUCUCUUGUUGGGUAUUGCAUUGAGGGAACCAAUCUAGGAAUCGUUUAUGAGUACAUGGCCAAUGGAAGCUUAGACAAACAUUUGUCAGGUAAAACCCCACAUGUUUUGACAUGGGAAGACCGCAUUAGAAUUGCAUCGGAUGCAGCAGAAGGGUUGGAAUACCUACAUCAUGGUUGCAAGCCACCAAUUGUGCAUAGGGAUAUCAAGACCACAAAUAUUUUACUAGAUGACACAUUGCAAGCCAAAUUAUCCGAUCUGGGCUUGUCUAGGGUUUUUCCCGCAGAAGGUGGAACUCACGUAACAACUAUCGUUGCAGGAACUCCUGGGUAUCUCGAUCCCGAGUAUUACACGACGAAUAGGUUAACGGAGAAGAGUGACGUGUAUAGUUUCGGAGUUGUGCUUUUGGAGAUCAUAACAGGUAGAAAUCCAUUAGGAGAAAGCGACAAUAUCUAUGUGGUUAAGUGGGUUACUACAAUGUUGGAAGACAAUGGAGAUAUUGCAAGUAUCGUGGAUCCAAGGUUAGUCGAAAACUUCGACAUUAAUUCUGCAUGGAAAGUGGUUGAAUUAGGAAUGGCGUGCGUAGAACAUGAUUCAGCAAAUAGGCCAACCAUGGCUUCGGUGGCAUCUGAGCUAAAGAUGUGUUUAAUGGAGAUCACUACUAGCCGUAGCGACCAGCCGACGGUAGAAAGAAAUGACGACUCAAUGCCUCUUAAUGUGGAAAGUGAUUUAUACCCCAGUGCAUGUUAGAUAGCUAUUUGCAUGUACUUAUAAUCGAGUUAUCAAAUGUGGAAUAAACUCGUGUUUGAAUA